AUGUUCUACAGCCAUGAAAUUCUCACGUCGCCGGAGCACGGCGUGGCGACAAUAUGGCUCGUUGCAACUCUCGGCUCGCGAUCCGUAACCCGAAGACUCAACCGCAAGGCCAUCCUGGACGUGGACGUCCCCGGUGCUUGCAGCGUUAUCGUUAAUCCUGAAGCGCCGAUGGCGCUGCGGCUGCAGGGAAGCUUGCUGUAUGGAGUCUCAAGAGUCUAUGAUCAGCAGUGUGGAUAUACUUUGCUUGACGCACAGAUGAUGCGUGAUAAGAUGAUCUCCAUGCUGAAGCUAUUGCCGGGUGGAGGUUUGGAUCCCAGCGCAGGGAAGACGAAAUCGACGAUCCUUUGCAGCCCAGGCAAGACAGGCCUGCCUGGUAUAGACCUCGACUUUUCGUUGUUCGAUGGGAUCGCCGACGACAGCUCAACACAACGAUCUAGCAGCUGGACCAGAUCGCCGGCUACCAGCCAGUCUACCCAUUCCCACCUGGAGAAUUUGCAGCUUGAGUUGAUGUCGGAGGAUUUUAUCAGGGAAGGGGAUGUACAGGGCCAGGACGUCCCCAACAACGCCUCAGGCAAGAAAAGAUGGUUGUUCGGUAAAGACACUCGGGCGGAUCUCCAUGACGAAGGUAUUCUGCUUCAGCCCGACUUUGAAUUCGACGAGGAUGGCAAUAUCAUAGAGUUUGACUCGACCAAGUUGUCACCUCGCAAGAGAAGAAAGAUUAGUAUGCAUCCGAGAGCAAGCGAGGGGCCUACCGCUGGAGAGGUUCAAGAAGAUGGACUUAUGGAGAUAACAGAGGAUACAAUGCCCCCGACGGGGGACGACGGAGGGGAAACCGAUGCUCCACCCCGACAGCAGGAUAUCCAGCAGGACAACCCGUUGUCUGUGGAAGACCGUUUAAUGGUAGAGGGAGAGAUCGAUCGUAACGCGGAAGUACGCGCCCAUCAGCGGAUCCGACAAGUCAAACCCAUAAUAUCGGACAGCAGUACGACUCUCCGCAACACGGACCUGGCAAGGUGGAAUGAUGAGUACGCCGUCAACAUGGCCCAGGCCCUGAAGCAGAAGAAGCUGAACAAAUUGCCGACCCUAGCAAAGAAGAACGCGGCCUUCUGGGUCUUUGGCCUGGGAAUCGGGGCCGUGGGCAUGGGGCUAGGCACCCAGCGUGCAGCCCUCCCACUUAAGGAAUACUCGGGCAGCGAGCUAUAUGAUGCAGUAUCUGGAGGGAAUAGCACGGAUGGUGAUGAUAGUAAUAUUGAUGAACAGGGUCGUCGAGUACGCGCCGAGUCUGGGCAAGCAAAUAUGGCGGACGUGGAGAUCGGUCGAGAUGCCCUUCCAAGCGUAUACGACGACCGGUCCUCGCAGAUGCCAUGGAACAUCACAGCCUCGCUCCAGGGCUCUCUCCGCGGCCAACGCUUCGGAAGCAUCUCGGGAUCAUCCGCUCGACCACGCGGCCAUCUGACCAGCGCAAGCCCGCUCGCAGGACGCAGCUAUCUCGACGGCCGCGAGCGUCUCAGUAGCCUGUCCAUCCCCAACCCAGGCGAUGAUCUUGACGACCUCGAGCAGCUAGACAUCAUGCAAUACCUAGAAGGCGAGCUCGCCCCCGACAAUGAAGACAUCAGCACGAUCACAGCGCGGCGCAAAUCCAUACUCGAGAGCAUCACGGCCAUGCUCGACCAGGAGAGCCUGAACUUCUUCGAGUUCAUCAAGACGAAACUUGACGACGCCAAGGCAACCUCGAUCACCUCCGGCCGCAUCACGUUCUCGGAGCUACUCCCGCCAGUCGAGACGACGCGCAACAUCGCCGCGCACGGGUUCAUGAAUGUGCUCACACUCGCGACGAAGGGCAUCCUCGCCGUGUCGCAGGCACCGUGCACUGAUCUGGGGUCUGAUAGCUGGAGCAUUCGCUACCAGCGUGGUGAGGUAUCCCUCCAGAUGGUUGGAGCCGGAAUGUGA